AUGAUCUCUGCAAUGGGGAGGGUAAAACCCCGCCGACACGUACGGCGAUACGUACCGUCCUCGAUUGAGGGAAGUGCAGUUGUUUACAUAACGACAAUUCGCAAGCGCACACACUGUGACCCGGUAACCCAGAUGCGGAACAGUUUAGCGACUCUACAUAUCGGUCUCAACCGCUGGUCCGGACCCCGGAGUAUCGCAGCGCGCGGGCCAUUCCCAGAUGCGUCGGUCGGGCUCCACGGGGAGAAACGUGCAGCGGCGCAAAAGGAAACAAAACAAAACAAAACAAAACAAACCACACAAAAGAAAAGUGACAAAACAAAACAAAACAACCUGCACAUCCUAAAGCAUCCUCUGCAGAAGCUGCUGUCGCAUUGUCGCAAGCACCCGGCCGCCCUUCCCGGCAGCAGACGAAACGACGGGGAAACACCCUGCUGGCAGCCUCAAGGGUAG